AUGAAGAUAAAAACAAUCAGUAGAUCCUCAGACACAUAUGUCCCAGUAAGAAAUACCCAGGAAUCAUCCUUACCUCGUAAUUUAAACCCAGCAUUACAUCCAUUUGAACGUGCGCGUGAAUAUACCAAAGCCUUAACUGCCACCAAAAUGGAACGAAUGUUUGCGCAACCAUUUAUUGGACAAUUAGGAGAUGGUCAUAGGGAUGGUGUAUAUGUACUAGCUAAGAAUUUUGGUUCUACGAAUCAAAUGGCUAGUGGAUCAGGUGAUGGGGUUAUUAAAUAUUGGAAUUUGACAAGUAGAUUAGAAACGGUUAGUUUUAAAGCUCAUUAUGGUAUGGUUAGUGGAUUAUGUGUUACUCCUAAGGGGAAUACUAUGUUGAGUUGUGGUGAUGAUAAAACUAUUAAGUUAUGGUCUGUACAUAGUGAGGAAUUUGAUCAUACUAUUACUGAUGAUGAAGUUUAUACCAGUAAGAAACAAGGAUUAAUUAAAUCAUUUUUGGGAGAACAUGCAUUUAAAGGAAUAGAUCAUCAUCGUGAAGAUGAUUUAUUUGUUACUGGUGGUGCUACUAUUCAAUUAUGGGAUAUGAAUCGUUCUAAACAUAUAUCUGAUUUAUCUUGGGGUGCUGAUAAUAUAAAUACGGUAAAAUUUAAUCAAACUGAAACUAAUAUAAUUGCUUCAGCCGGAUCAGAUAAUUCGAUUGUUUUAUAUGAUAUUAGAACUAAUUCUCCAAUUCAAAAAGUUGUUACAUCAUUAAGAACAAAUUGUAUUAGUUGGAAUCCAAUGGAAGCAUUUAAUUUUGUUACUGGGAAUGAAGAUCAUAAUGGUUAUCUUUGGGAUAUGAGAAAUUUAAAUAAAUCAAUUAAUAUUUAUAAAGAUCAUGUUGCCGCUAUAAUGGAUAUUGAUUUUUCACCAACUGGUGAAGAAUUAGUUACUGGAUCUUAUGAUAAAACAAUUCGAAUUUUUAAAACUAGACUGGGACAUUCAAGAGAUAUUUAUCAUACAAAAAGAAUGCAAAGAAUUUUCAGUAUUAAAUUUAGUACUGAUUCAAGAUAUAUAUUAAGUGGAUCUGAUGAUACUAAUGUUAGAAUAUGGAGAACUAAUUCAAGUGAACGAUCUAAUAUUAAAUCAGCAAGACAAAGAUCUAAAUUAGAAUAUGAUAAUGCAUUAAAAGAAAGAUUUAAACAUAUGCCAGAAAUUAAACGUAUUUCCAGACAUAGACAUGUACCAAUUGUUGUUAAGAAAGCUCAAGAAAUUAAACGGAUUGAAAUUGAAAGUAUUAAGAAUAGAGAAGAUAAUGAAAGAAGACAUAGUAAAAAGGGUACUAAACCUUAUAUUCCUGAAAGACAAAAACAUGUUAGAGGAACUGCUCUUUAG